AUGACGGUCUCAAUGAUCUUUGACGUGAGAACGCAGCCUCUCGCCCCAAGGGUGACAGGGAGCAACAAGGCCCGGGUUCAAGGGGACGAUCGGUCAGUGGGCGGUCAGUGGGCGGUCAGUGGGCGGUCAGUGAGCGGUCAGUGGCUCUGGCUCCAUCCUGUUUAUCCCAGCGAAGGCUGGGAGCGGCUGGAGUUUCCUCCACAUGUGUUCCGCAUUACUGCGACGCGGCCGGCUCCCGGGGGACCGGCGGAAUGCCGGAGCGCUGGGAAGACCGACCAGCUUCCCAACAUCUGGACGAACGAGAAACACAUGCAGUGUGGGAGCAGAGAGUUAACGCGGACCCAGCCGCACCUGCUGAACUGCAUCAUGGACAUGGUGGAGAAGACGCGGCGGUCGCUCACCGUCCUGCGACGCUGCCAGGAGGCCGACCGUGAGGAGAUGAACCACUGGAUCCGCCGCUACAGCGACGUGGAGGAUAUGAAAAAAGAGAUUCACCGGGACUUCUUGCACCGGCCGUCGUCGGGCUACCUGCCCGAGGAGAUCUGGCGGAAAGCGGGUCCGACAGGCAUCCCGCUCUCACCGGCACUAAAGCAACUGCAGAGCAAGCAGGAGGAGGCGGUGAACGAGGUGAAGAGACAGGCGCUGUCAGAGCUCCAGAAGGCGGUGUCGGACGCCGAGCGGAAGGCCCAUGAGAUGAUCUCGGUGGAGCGGUCCAAGAUGGAGCGGGUUCUGGCUGAGGCCAAGCGCCAGGCCUCCGAGGACGCACUGACCGUCAUCAACCAGCAGGAGGACUCCAGCGAGAGCUGCUGGAACUGCGGGCGCAAGGCGAGUGAGACGUGCAGUGGCUGCAACACGGCGCGGUACUGCGGCUCCUUCUGCCAGCACAAGGACUGGGAGAAGCACCACCACGUGUGCGGCCUGCCGGGGGGGUCCCGGGCCCCCCAGGGGACCCCCUGCUCCUCCUCGGCGGCGCCCCCCACGCAUACGGGCAGCGUGCCCCCGGCCUCGCUCUCCCUGCCUGGGCAGGCCGGCGGGGGGUCGGGCCCCAGCGUCUCGGGGAGCCCGAAGGAACCUAGCUCCAGCGGGGCCUCCAGGUCCACAACCCCGGCCACGCCCGCUCUGCUGGACAGCGCCUCCCGCUGA